AUGUAUCCUCAGUCGCAGGAACUCGAUGACGAGUUCUUUGCUGGUUUCCUUGAAUGGGUUUUCUGUGAAAAUUUCCUUCCCUGGUCCUUCGAUUUAACUAAGCCCCGCGCUGUCAUGCAGCCCAAACUUGCUUACUUUCCAUCCUGUGACCUUAAACCUAAGUUCGAAGGAAAGUCCCUGUUACCGCUCCUCCGAAUGUAUGUUUGCGCUAAAUUAAUCUUACCUAUCCCCAGAACCACUAUUAGCGGAUUUAAACCCGAAGACUUCAAAGUUCUAAACGGUCGUUACAGCAGUCUAUCGUGUUAUGGUGAAGUUAAGCUGGCCUACUGUAUCGUCCAGAGUAUUCCGUACCUUAAAAACCGUCGAUUUGGCGCUUGGAGUCAAACGCGCACAGUACGGGAUAUGCACGCAGAUCCGUUGGUCCUAAAUGAGUGCAUCGAGUUGCCUCUUCCGUAUUCGUCACUUUAUGAUUACUCCGGAAUUUGCUUUAUUCUUUGCUCCACUUUCACCGACGACAGUGGCGUCCACAAUCAGAUUCUGGCCGGGUGUCAUCUCUCUCUAUACAACUCAAAAAAGAUUUUCCGUUGCUCAAUUUAUGAACUGGAAAUGCAUUUACUAUAUGAUCAUAACCUGCGAAGUUUCGACGAUGCCUUGAAGCAUGUUCUGGAAAAUAACAUUUCAGGGAAACCAAAAGAUCUACCAGAAUUGAAUCACUUGCUCAAAGUUACUCGGAAGCACCUUCGUGGGGAAUUGUUUGACUCUCUUCUGGACCAGAAGACUCAAUCCGUCGUAGUGCCAAGAAUCGAGGAACUGAAACGUGACAGUGGGAGAAUUUUUCUCGGUGUUAAAUUCGAGUUUUCUCGAUCCUAUCCAUCUCUAUAUUUACCUGUGAUCUUUGAGCGUCCUGUAAGUAGUGGCAUAGCUACUAUAACUCCAAAAGAGGACCACUGGCCAGAAAAGUGGAAUCCGGUUGACGAGAUGUACUUCAAGAUGACUCGAAACAUUCGCACAGUCGAUGUAGACAGGGAGCGAGCGCCUAACAAGGAGACUUGGGAUAAAUUGAAGGCUAUAAUAGAACAGGGCUACGGUGAGGUGCUCUCAGAACAGGAAGGUGAUUUAGUCUGGAAGUUCCGAUUCUUUUUGGCCAACAAAUUUCCUGAGACGUCUAUACCGAAAUUUCUGCAGUCAGUCAGGUGGGAGUAUCCGGAGCAGGUGAGUCAGGCGGUCCAACUGCUCCUCGCCUGGCCACCGGUCUCUCCGGAGAGUGUUCUCGAACUCCUCACCCGCAGCUUCACCCACGCCGUCUGCAGGAAGUUCGCUGUCUCUCGACUCGCAAACGCCACUGACGAGGACAUUAAUUUGUACCUCUACCAGUUGGUGCAAGCUCUUCGCUACGAGAAUCACGAGGAGAUAAUGACGUGGUGUGAGGCGUCGAGUGAGUCCGUGGACGGCGAACACGACGACGAACAGAGGCAGAUCUUCCUAAACGAGGCGACAUACGAUCAAAGCACGGGGAUAUUGCUUCAAAAGGGCAAACGUUCCCUCCUCGAAUCUGACAGCAUUCCAUGGAAGACCGAUCUGGCCAGCUUCCUGAUCCAAAGGGCUCAGAGCAACUUCGAGUUGGCGAACUACUUCUACUGGUUCCUGAAGUUGGAGACCCACGAGGGAACGCCCUCCGCGCCCGAAAUCAAGGCUAUGUUUGAGCAUGUGCUCAAACGCUUCAUGACAGUCUUAGAACGCGGCUCCGAGACGCAGCAGAUUUGGCGCGCGGAUCUGUUGAAUCAAACGAAAUUCGUGAAAAAACUUCAUGCAAUGCUACGAAGCGUGCAAGCUGACUCAUCGAAGCGGGUUCGAAAGAUCGAGAUACUACGGAGCCUCCUGAGAACCGAUGGGGCGUCGUUACUCAGAUUUCCCAGACCACUUCCUUUCCCCAUGAAUCCCAACUUCCUCAUCGCCAGUAUCGACGCUAAUUCAGCCACGCUAUUCAAGAGCACAACUCAACCGGCUCUCCUCAGCUUGGUCUCCCCCGAAAAACACGUCUACCGUGUGAUUUUCAAAAUCGGAGAUGACUUACGCCAGGACCAACUUGUGCUCCAGAUGAUUCGUCUGAUGGAUGUUGUGCUGAAAAAAGAAAUGUUUGAUCUCCAAUUGACUCCGUACAAUGUUUUGGCCGCGAGCUGUCGUCACGGUUUUAUCCAGUUCGUUGAAGGGGUUCCACUAGCGAGCACGAAACAGGAGGGUUCGAUUUUGACCUUCCUUCAGCGCAGAGCCCCCAGUCCCAAGGAUCCUCUGGGCAUCCAAAAGCGCGUUCUCGACACCUACAUCCGGUCGUGUGGUAAGCCCGUCGUGGGAUUUCUUACGAACGGUGAAAUUCCCUACUCUCCCGGCUACUGCGUGAUCACCUACCUCCUUGGAGUGGGCGAUCGCCACAUGGAGAACAUCAUGCUCACUCCGGAAGGCCAGCUGUUCCACAUCGACUUCAGUUUCAUCCUCGGCAACGACCCGAAGCCCAUGGCGCCAGAGGUGCGCCUCACCAAGGCCAUGGUCGAGGCCAUGGGAGGACCCAAGACGCAGAUGUUCUACGACUUCUGGAAAAUCUGUGUCACCGCCUUCCUUAGCUUGAGGAGACACGCCAAUCUCUUCCUGACACUCCUCUCCCUCGUGCACGACGCCGGCAUCCACGACAUCGCACGCGACCCCAUCAAGGCGUGCGAUUUUGUGAAGGAACGCUUCUCUCUGGACCAGACGGACGAGAAAGCCGUCAAUCGUUUCGCCAGCCGUCUCACCGACUCGGUGAAGGCCAUUGUGCCGGAGGUGAUGGAACGCAUUCACACUGUGAUGCAGGUAAGCUUGCUGUGUUGCCCUUGUCCCCCCGUACCGAAACGCGGACGUAUUUACUUCCUUUUGACUGCCGACCUCAAGUUGCCCGAAGAAACCUUUGGCGAGGUGGUUUGCCAUAAAAGUCGGAAUCGAGGUCUUGUUGGAUAG